CAGCCUUUGUCGUGGUGUAUAAAGGAUGAAGCUCAAUCUGCCGUUCUUACAAGGAGCAAAACGAAUCCGAAGGCUGUACAGCUUUGUGUAUGGUGCUGCAAAUUGCAGGGGCUUUCGUAUGAUUCAGAAUUACUUGCAUGUGUUCUUUUAAUUUCUUUUUCUUAGAAAAUAUCUUCACCUCGCCCAUUCAGGUCAGGUUAUAGAUGCUUCGCUAUCAUCUGCACGUCGCGAUCACAAUUGUGUUGCUCCUUAAAAUUUUUCAUAAAUGCUUUUCCAUUCAUACGCCACCUAGAUCGCCUUCGCCAGUCGCAACAGAACUGUUGUCGUUCGAUGAUGAUAUGAGUCCGUCUCUUCUUCCGAUUCGCUCAAAAAGUACGGAAGAAGAGCCAUCGAAAGUACAUCAUUCUUCUACAGCAUACGAGAAGAUAGUCAGAUCAGACUCUAAAAAUCAUAAAAUAAUGAAAAUGAAAGAAGGAUCUCUAAAGAGGAAUAGAAAACGAAAAUACUCGGAUGAAGAAAGACUAAUCAGAAAACGAGAAAGUAGAAUACGAUGGGAAGAGAAGAAACGCAAAGAAGAUCCUGAAUACAGUGCAAAACUGUAUAGGACCAGGAAAGAGAUUGAGCAGCUCCGCAUACUGACUGGGAUUGAAAUAAAAGGCAAGGCAGGCAGACCACGUAAGAAUCCCAAGACAGAUGUGUAAG